CUGACCUGCCAGCUGCAGUGUUUAUCCUUUUAUAGGAAACACUAUCUGUACAAGAAUAGUGCCAGCAGACAGAAUCCCAGGGAUAUCUACAUGUUUCAAGGGGCAGGUGUGGACAAGUUUCAGUGCCGGGGACAUAUCUCAGAUUUAUUCCAAAGGAUCUUUCUGAGGAUAUCUUUCAGGGUGGACAGCUUGUUCUUUGAGGACUUCUUGAAGGGUUGUGGAUAGCUUUCCUCAGGUUUUACACACAGGGAAUUCAGCAAGCAUAAUCACACACCAGCAGAUGGCCUCAUUUGACAACAUACAGGAAGUAUUACUAUUGCUCUUUAAUUUAUAGUAGUAGGCCUAACACUGUAUUAAGACAGUUUAGCCAAUAAUUAAUUAUUUUUUCUUUUAGUACAUAACGUUUGUCUUUUGUUUUGCUUUUUAAAAAUGAAUUAAUAUCAGUCUAAAAGUACUUGGUGAUAAUAUACAAAUUAAAGGAACUAAUACAAUAGUAUUGUAGACAUACUCAGACAUACAACAAUACUCUUUUAACUGAACAAGAACACUAGAUUUAGGGUAGGGCUAACUUAAAGGGGCAUGAUUCAUUAUUAACAACAGGUGUGAGAUUCAACCGGAUCAGCUGACUUGAGUAAGGAAGCUGUCAAAGUAAAUAAAAACCUGUCUGGCUGCUCUUAUGCUUGGAGCACCUUUGAAUAAAUGCAUGUAGCGGAGCUGUGCGAGAGCUAUUGAGUGUCCAGUCCUCAACUGCCGGUGUAGCAAAAAUGAUUAAAAAACUCUUCAACAUCUUGGCUAUUUUUGCCCUGCUUAGCCUGGCAUAUUUUGCUGUGUCUCUGCUCUACAGGAAAAACAGCAAUUUAACUGUUUUUGCUGAGAAGUAUCACCUGAAAAAUAGAAAUGGCACUUAUUUCUGGAUGGCAAAAGAACUUGUUCAACGGCUGGAAAUGUGGGAAAUGCAGACUCAUGCCCCAAACGCCAGCCAAAAGAACAUAGAGUUGCCAGCGCCAACUAACAAGACUUUAGAACUCUGCCCUGACACCCCUCCGCAGCUUGUGGGUCCUCUCAAUGUGGAUUUUAAUCAUAAACAGACUUUGGAUGAGGUGAGAGAAAAGGUCGGUUCAUCUCUUCAGAAAGGAGGAAGGUACAAGCCACCAGAUUGUAUCUCCCGACAGAAGGUGGCGAUAAUCAUCCCCUUUAGAAACCGGCAUGAGCACCUGAAGCACUGGCUUUCUUACCUUCAUCCUAUACUGAUGCGACAGCAGGUGGACUACGGCAUAUAUAUUAUCAACCAGGAUGGAGAGGGAGUGUUCAACCGGGCUAAACUGAUGAAUGCAGGCUAUUUUGAAGCACUGAAGGAAUAUGAUUAUGAGUGCUUUGUCUUCUCCGACAUAGAUCUGGUUCCUAUGGAUGACCGUAACCUUUAUAGAUGUUUUGACAACCCCCGGCACUUGGCUGUAGCAAUGGACAAAUUUAACUUCCACUUACCCUAUAAGACCUACUUUGGUGGGGUCUCAUCACUGUCCAAAAGCCAAUUCUUGAAGAUAAAUGGCUUCCCGAACAGUUACUGGGGCUGGGGCGGUGAGGAUGAUGAUAUCUAUAAGCGAGUUGUCUUCCAUGGAAUGUCCAUUUCUCGACCUGACUCUGUGAUUGGAAAGUACAGGAUGAUCAAACACAAGAGAGACUUGCACAAUGAGGCUAAUCCACAAAAUCCAGUCAAACUGAGAAAAACCCAUUUGACCAUGGACAAAGAUGGGAUUAAUUCCCUCAAAUACACAGUCAAGGAGAUUGUGAAGGAUGUACUGUAUACUUUUAUCAGUGUGGAUAUUCAGGCCCCGCCAAGCUGAAUGAGGAAGGAAGUCCGUAUAAACUAUAUGAAUAUGAAGUACAGAGAUUCUAUCCGGUUUUUCUCAGUUACUGUGGCACAAUCCUUGAAUGACCAUCAAUGUUUACAAAAUAAAAUGUGAAAUUCACAUUUCUCAUUGCUUUUACACAAAAGUCAGAUUUAAAGCCAUCUUUAAAUGAGCCACCAAUGCACUGAGCUACUCUUUGUGAUGGAUUCAGACACAGAGCAGUAAAAAGUCUGCUCAUAAAUAAAAAUAUGUGGUGAAUAUCACAGAGAUAUUCUGGGAAUUGUUGCAUCACAGGGUUUGUGGCCCUGCCCCUAUACUUAGCAGGUUUAUGUUGUGUAAUAUGUAUGGUUUGGGGGUAUAGUUUUACUACUUUUGUGCACCGUGCCUUUGGGCUAUGUUAAUCAAGUUUGUGGCCAUGUGCUGUCUGUAGGUGAUGUAUUGGGAGCGUCCUAUAGGGUUAGAGUCUGUGUAUGUUACUUUGCCUAUAGCACUUUCACAAUAGGCCUUUGACAGUAUCUGUAACUUGUUCUUGCUUUUUCUAUAACACUUUUUGAAAAAUGAUCACUUCAUUGUUGUCAUUGUUCAUGGUUAUUAUUUAAUUUUGAGGAAUUUGUUAGUCGCACCAUUCAUGAUAAGUUAGAGCGGGCGUAUGAAAGAAAAUCUUUGGUGUGAAAAGAUUUAACAUUCCGAUCAGUCGUCAAGGCUAGUAACAGGUCUGGAAUUAUAUUAUCUUGUCAGGAUUGUUGUGCAAUACUGGUUUAGUGACAAAGGUUCCAGUGACAGUUCAAGUGUCUCGCAGUGUCAUUGUUUCCAGUGGUGCAGAAAGGAAUCCUAUGAGGAUGAGUGUGUUUUUAUUGUAAGGAAGUGGGACAGAUUAUUGUAAAUUGUCAUGCUUUGCAUAAUGUGGCAGAUGCAUUAUUGCACUUGUAAUUUUACAAUGUUUGUGACUUAUUUUUGUGUGGGGAAUAUAAUUGCUAACUUAAGGUGAGGGUGUUGUGCGCUACGUGCCUCCCUGUGUUUUUCUCUGUACACUCUGUAAGUGCUCCUCAUUCAGGAUGAUUGGUGGCCCUGCCUACAGAUCUAAGGGCGGCUGGAGAAGCAGGAUCCCAUCACUUAUCAUCUUUUGCUCAUUAUUCUGUUAUUUGAGAAUGAAGUUUAUAGUGUAUAUGUAUAUAUAUUAUAUAUAUAUAUAUUGUUUUUUUCAUGGGUCAGCCACACAUUGGACAUUAGCCUUCUUCCUCCAUCUAUUUGUUUGCCAGAUAAUUAAUAGCACUAUUUGUAAAAUCAUUUUGCUUUAAAAAAUAAUGAUCAGGUUACAUUGUUCGUACGUUGGCCGUAACAAUUGUAAGGCCGAAUAUCACAUGUGAAGGGGAUGACUUGGAGGCCAAAGAGGAGUGUUAGAUGGCCAAUGAGGUGGUGAAGGGUUUUUUUUAUUUUGUUUCUCAUUUAAACAGUUUCUUAUUUUCUUUAAUGUACAAUGCAAUAACUUUUCUGUUACAGACAUUACUUCUAAUGUACUCCAUUGCCGCUCACUGUGAAUACAGAAGAUACUGGAAAGGUGUACACAAACUGUGAAAAACCUCUGAAUAGUCUUACAGUUGAAACCUGUUUUGCAUAAAAUGUUUUGAUGGAUACUAUUACAUUGGCUAAGGGGUAUUUAACACAAUUCCUCAGACUUUUGACUGUCCGGGGUAAGAAUAAAGAAUGAGAAAUUAACUUUAGUUGCAGUGAUGCACUGCUUGGCGUGUCUUUUUAUUUCUGACAGAUGUGCUUAAACAAUUGCGAGGAACUGUAAUUAAAUGUAUGAUCAAGCACUGAGCUUCUGGGUGAAUAAGACAAAAUUAAACUACUAGUAAAUUACAAAGUACAUUUGCUCAGUGAAAUUGAUGUUAAAGUGUUUUUAAAUGCAUCAAAGGUACUCUUAA